UUGCAAUGGCUUUUGAUUCCUUUGUAAAGAGUAUUACUGUAGAGAACCCCACCACUGUUUCUUCUUAUCUCCACAUUCUUGAUUUGAUAUUUUCCCAUUUCCUCCCCUUUAGGCCCCCUUCUCUUUAUAUCCACUAGUACUAAUCCUUUUCUCUCUCUAUAAAUCCUUCCUCUCUAUCUUUUUUCAGUUUCACAAACCAACCAAACAACUCUUACCACAACAUUUAGUUAGUCCUAGUCCUAUCACUAUUUUUGCGAGUUUCAGUACAUCAAUUGUGCAAACAUGUUACAAAUGAGCGUUCUGGAAAGGCAGAGAGCAGUAUUGGAACGUCUUAUAAACCACUCUAAACAACAACUUUCUUCUUUGCCUCACCAAGAACUUGCUCACUUGAUAACCGGCUGCGUUGAGGGGAAUUUUAACAACUUUGAUAUGUUUGGUGGGAGAGAACAUAAGGGAUUUACGGGGUUUAAUUUUGUUACCAAUAAUAAUUGUCAAGAAACGGCUCGUCCCUCUUUCUCUACAGUCUCGAAUUCAUCGAUUACAACUGUGUCUCCGCCUCCUGAGAAAGAAAAUGAUUUAAGUACUAUGAUAGCUCCAAGGGAAAAUGUUGUUUCUAACAAGAAGAGAAAAGCAGAGUUUUCUGAGGAAGAGGAUUGUGAAAAAAGCCAAAGGGGGACAACGGGGAACGAUUCCAAGGAGAAUUCUAAGACGUCUGAGGUUCAAAAACCUGAUUACAUUCAUGUCAGGGCACGUCGUGGCCAAGCCACUGAUAGCCACAGCUUAGCAGAAAGAGCUAGAAGGGAGAAAAUCAGUAAAAAGAUGAAAUAUUUACAAGAUUUAGUCCCAGGUUGCAACAAAGUGACUGGCAAAGCUGGAAUGCUUGAUGAAAUCAUAAAUUACGUUCAAUCGCUUCAAAAACAAGUCGAAUUCCUUUCUAUGAAACUUGCUACUCUGAAUCCUAGGCUUGAUUUGAACACGGAUAAUUUUUUCACCAAAGACUUCCCCUCUUACACUUUUCCACCAACAGUAGCAAUGCCAACACUUUCGGAAUAUAACAUAAUCCAACACCAGCAAGCUGGAAGUACUUGUGAUGUUGCACAAAUAUUACCCCAAAGAAGAGAUUUAAUGUCAUUUCCAGAUGCUUAUCUUGGUUCUUCACCUCUUACGCUAGUACAACAGCAACAACCAACUUUUGAGCCUGAUUUGCAGAGCCUUUUCAGUGUUGGAUUUAACUAGUUUGAUUCUACAAAGUUUGAAGUGCAAAACUAGUAUUUAUCUGGGAUUGUUCUUUGAGAAGCAGAGAAUUCAUUCCAAUGGCUGCUAUCCUGUACACAAAAUUCACAUCUUUCAAAUGGGAGUCCAAAUUUUUUGAAGUUAGCAACUGUGUUAGAAGGCAAACACCCACCCCCCCUUCUCCAACCCCACAAAUACCCUUUAAGAGAAAUUCUUACAUCUUACACAUUUAUAAGGCAUCUUGUCAUUUGUUCAUAUGUAUAGCCAAAGUUGCAUCCAGCCAUCCACUAUUUGACUGAUAUGUAAUAAAAGAUUGAAUUUCUACUCU